AGCGAAAUGACGAGAGGACGGCUUUGCUUGGCAGUGUCGCAGGUUGCAGCCACCGCCCGUCAUCCUCCUCGUCUUCACUCGUGCCACCCGACCAGCGCAUUCAGGGUUCUUUCAGCAGUCUCACCACACCUCUUUGGACGUUUGAGUGGUCGGGUGAGGCACGACCGCACAUCAGAGCAGCGUCACUCAACGGGCCAGCCGCGUGCAAGCGAGUGGAGCGUCGCAUUGCCUGCCUUGGCACCACCGCCAUCUCUACCAUGGCCUCUGCUUCUCGCAGAGCAGUCUCUUGCUGCUUAGGCCAAAGCCCAACGUGGCAAGUGCGAAGUGGCAGCUCAACCCUGCGUCUUGCGCGUCCAUCCCCCAGCUGCACCGCUUCCUCAUCCCUCCGUUCGUUGAGCACCACAGCCAAAUGCAGCGCGGAGAGCAAGGACAAGGACAAGGACAAACAAAAGGAGGAAAAGGAUAAAGACUCGAAGGACAAAGCUUCCAAUAGAGACGAAGCUCAGAGGUUGAUCGAUGCUGGUAGAGCGGAUACGGAAUUGACAUCAGGAGCAGCACCUCCCGUAAGACUACCUCCCCUUGCACGAACAGAUCCCGAAACCUAUGCUGCUCUCAGACCCGUUCCUCUGAGCACUGUUGCUGCUCUUGGAGCGCGGUUGCAGCUCCUAUCUUCUACGCUGGACUUCGAAACGAGACGACGACGCAUCAAUUUGAUUCUUCAAGCGUGCACUCAUCCUUCAUUUGUGGACCUUCAGAGGAGAAUUUUGCGAGAGAAGACACCGCAGGAGGAAGAGUUGCAGCUUGAUAAUAGAGUGGGCAUGGGCAAAGGAUUGAUGAGACCUUUGAAAGGAGACGCGGCGCUGGAAGAUGCUCAGUACCUCCUCCCUCCUGCGCAAAAGGACAAUCUUGAACUGUCGAUCCUUGGCAACCAUCUGCUCGGUCUGCUCAGCAGCGAGAUCUUCCAUCUGCGCUAUCCACAUCUGCCUGUGAGGGCGCUCAAGGCAGCAGUGGGUGCUUAUGUGGGCCCAAACACCUUGUCCGACUUUGGCGGGCAAUUGGGCAUCAGCAGUGCGGAAUUGUUGAAGUGGGACAGGGUUGGCUUGAAGAAAUUAACGUUGCAGGAAAUGCAACCGGGAACGCAAGCGGUGGACAGGAAUCCUCGCAGGAGUCGCAGGGAUGCGAUUGAUGCGCAAAAGGGCAUUUCGACUCAGGAUGUGCUUGUGCAAGCUACACGUGCUUUGAUGGCCGUCGUGUUCCAAGAGAUGGGUCUUCCCCAUCUUCGACACCUAGUCCAGACUCAGUUGCUCACGCGCUCCCUGCCCAUGUCGACCUUUCUCAAGUUUCGCGAUCCCAAACGAUUGCUGAGCAUGACGUGCCGCAAAUACGACUUGGAAGCUCCGGUAUCCAGAUUGAUCGCCGAGACUGGAAGGUUGAGCCAGACGCCGGUCUUCAUUGUGGGUGUUUGGAGCGGAGAGACAAAGCUGGGAGAGGGAACGGGUAGCGCUAUCAGGAUGGCCGAGUUCAGAGCCGCGGAGGAUGCGCUCAGAAGACUAUACCUUGCUCAGCCAUCUAGCAAACCAGAUUUGCCUUCUCGCACGCUGGACUCGCAUUUCCCAUCCGCCAAGCUGCCUCCUUCGGUGUGGGAAGACGUGCAAGACGUGGCGAGCUCGAGCGAUAGACCUUUUGUUCCUUCCAGGAUCGGCAGGAGCGAGAUCGUGUACGGGCAGAAAGCGUAGACGUGAUAAUGCUGGGCGCGUUGCGAGACUAGUGCUGGAGAGAUUGGGCGGACAUUGAACAGUACAUGCGUUAAUGGAAUGAAGGCGUCGUGCAAUAUGCAAUCAAUCACACAGUUAACCGGC